AUGACGGCAGCAGACUGGAUAGAAAUAGUUCACGAAUCUUUACUUUUGUUAUCUGAAGAAGAUGGUGAUUCUGAUGCUAGUAUAGACACCAUGACAGAAACUGAGUCUCAACAAUCUUACACAAGGCAAGUCGGAGCUAUACGUAAAGCUGGGUGGCUUGUUGUUAAAAAUUGGUUGGUGCAUAAAAAACGCAAAAUUGAAUUAGCUGCCAAGAGAAAUUGGAAGAAAUAUUGGAUAUGUUUAAAGGGAACAACCCUCUUAUUUUUUGACUGUGAUGAAGAGAGUGCUGUAAAUGAGAAUAGUGUACCAAGACAUAUACUUGUUAUUGAAGGUGGUAUAUCUCAAGCAGUACCAGAACAUCCUAAAAGAGAUUAUAUUUUCUCUUUAAGCACAGCUUGUGGUGAUGCAUUUUUAUUACAGGCGUCCAGUCAAAUUGAUUUAGAGAACUGGAUUCGAUCUAUUCACUCAGCAUGUGCGUCAUCAUUCGCCAGACAACAUGGAAAAGAUAAUACAUUAAAGUUAUUGAAAUCUGAAUUAAAUAGACUAGAAAGUAAUAUAGAUACGGAUGUAAAAAUGAAGAAAAUGGCUGAGUUACAGAUGACAGUAGUGUCAGAUCCUAGAAGUAGAAUGGCUAUAGUUAAACAGAUAGCUCAGUGGGAAGAGAAUCUAGAGAAAUUAUUUAUAGAACAAUAUAGAUUCCGAUGUUAUAUAGCUUCAUUACAAGGAACAGAAUUACCUAACCCUAAGGUCUUAUUAGCUAAUGCUGCUAAAUCAACAAAAGCAACUUUAGGUAGAUUGGGUAUUUUUACUGUGACGUCAUUCCAUGCUCUAGUCUGUGCACGUAAACCUCUUGUAUUACCAUAUAUUUAUGGUAAAGGAUCUAAGAAAGGUGGAUUAUUAUCUCCUACUGGUAAUUCUAGUAAAGCUAGAUCUAUUACACCUACAGCUUUACAAGGUUCUUCUACAGAAUCUGUUGUUAAAACCAAUGAAAGAAUUUUAUCGGAUUCUACUGAUUUAUUAGAUAAAAAUUCUGAAAGCUCUUCAGGUCAGGAAAGUUUAUCAAGGGUCACAUUACCAAAUAAACAGAGUAAACAAAUUGAUUUGUCAAAACAAAUCAGAUCUAAGAAAGGUGGAUUAUUAUCUCCUACUGGUAAUUCUAGUAAAGCUAGAUCUAUUACACCUACAGCUUUACAAGGUUCUUCUACAGAAUCUGUUGUUAAAACCAAUGAAAGAAUUUUAUCGGAUUCUACUGAUUUAUUAGAUAAAAAUUCUGAAAGCUCUUCAGGUCAGGAAAGUUUAUCAAGGGUCACAUUACCAAAUAAACAGACAUUAUUGGUUGGAGUUGAUAAACAGACAGCAGUAAAAGAUUUAUUAGAAUCAGUGUGUAAUAAAAGACAACUGAAUCCUAGAGAUCAUUAUGUUCGUAUAAAACCAGUUGGAUCUCAAGAUGAUAGGUUUAUUAUACCUGAUAGAAAUGAAUCUAUAAAACGUCUGAAAUAUGAUGCUAUAGAAGUAUGUCAGAAGAGUAUAUUUCAACUAGAACUUAAUAAAACAACUAAAGAUGGAGUAUUCGGGUUUGCUGUAGAAGCUGAGUUAGCAGAAGAUUAUGAUAGAGAUGAUGAAUUACAAGUAUACGUCUGUGAUGUAACUAAAGGUUCAGUUGCUGAUGAACAGGGUUUAAUAGUGGGUGAUGAAUUAUUAGUCAUUAAUGGUAAAAUAGUCUCAGAAUUAGAUAUGGUUUACAUAGAAACAUUACUGCAUGAAUCACGAACAUUAUUUUUAACUGUGAGAUCAUUUCGUACGCAACCUCCUAAUACUGACUUUAUAACACAGCAUGCUGAUGCUUAUAUCAGUAAUAUGGUGUGUCCUCCCCCACCCUCACAAUCUAGAAUUAGUGAUAAAAUUAUUGGAAAUUUGAUAGUUCCUGCUCCUGUAAAUACUGAAACCGGUGAAGAUACAGAAAGUUCUAAACAUUCUAGUCCAUCAAAAUCUAGUCAGGAUAAAUCUAGUCAAGAUAUUUCUUCUGAUCAAAUUGAUGCUCUACUUAAAGGAGCUGAACAGGUAACAGCUAUUUGUCGUAAUCCUCCAACAAAACAAGAUCUAGCUGAACGACCAGUGAGUCCUAGACCAUUAACUGAUGCUCAGAGAAUGAGAAAAGUUAUCAUGGAAUUAAUAGAAACAGAAAGGGCAUAUGUCAAGGAUUUGAGUUGUUUAAAUGAAAGAUAUUUAGAACCAUUAAGAGAGGAGACAUUUUUAACAACUAAUGAAAUUAAUCAGUUAUUUGGUAAUAUACAAGAAAUAGUUGUAUUUCAACAACAAUUCUUACAAAGUUUAGAAGAAGCCAUUGAUCUAGAGAAUGAAUUCUUCACAACUGAUGAUACCAAAGUAUUUCGAAGAGUAUUAUUUUCAUUAGGAGGAUCUUUCCUGUAUUAUGCUAAUCAUUUCAAGGUUUACAGUUCAUUUUGUGCUAGUCAUUCACGAUCUCAAAAACUGCUCAAUCCUGAAUCCAAUAAGGCACUAAAAGAAUUUUUAAAAGCCAGAAAUCCUAAACAACAGCAUUCAGCAACAUUAGAAUCUUAUCUUAUUAAACCUAUACAACGUAUAUUAAAAUAUCCUCUAUUAUUACAACAGUUGGUUAACAUGUCUCAACCAGAAACAGAUGAACAUCAUCAUUUAUCAGAUUAUUACUCUGUAUCAGAUUAUUACUCUAUAUCAGGUUAUUACUCUGUAUCAGAUUAUUACUCUGUACCAGGUUAUUAUUCUUUAUCAAAUUAUUAUUCUAUAUCAGAUUAUUACUCUGUGUCAGAUUAUUACUCUAUAUCAGGGUUUUUUUUUUUUUUUUACUCUAUAUCAGAAGCAUUACGAGGAAUGGAGGCUGUUGCAGAACAUAUCAAUGAAAUGCAGAAAAUUUAUGAAGAAUACGGGUCUAUAUUUGAUGAUCUCUCAACUACCUUUAAACAGGUUCAUCCUCAUAAACAGCCAGUUGAUUUAAGUGUAGGAGAACUACAAAUGUAUGGUACAGUGGAAUGGUGUAAUAUGGCAGAAUAUCUGGGCAAAGUGAAAAAAUCAACAGAUUUUGAAACCAUAGUGUUUGUCUUCCGAACUGCUGUUGUCUUCCUUUGUAGGGAAAAGGUUAAACGCAGUAAAAAGUCAAAGUCUCUACAACAGAAGAGUUCAACAUCAGACAAUGAAAUGUUAGAAAGAUUCCGUACAUUAAUUCCAACACAAGAAGUUCAAGUGAGAAUGGGUAAAGUGGCAGAUAUGGACCGCCAUUAUUGGUGGGAUCUAAUUCAUUCUAGAUCAGAUCCUGAAAGUAGACCAGAGAGAUAUUAUCAAUUCUGUAAUAGUACUGCUGAAGCAAAAGGUGAUUUUAUAAAAGUGAUACGUCAUACUAUAAGGGAAAGUGUUCGGAGAAUGAUGAUACCAAGUACUAAAACAGUCAAAGUAUCAGUAUCACCAGAACAUACUAAGACAGGUUCUAAAGAACCUUUACCGAAUCCUGCAGUUGUAAAACAGAGACGUGCAAAUAAACCACAAGAUCCUGAAAGACACUCAGUUGAUUUAGAGGAGAAAUUUAGUUCUUUAGAUUAUGAUAAUUUAUUUCGUACUCGAAGUAAAACUAUUGGUGAUAUAAAUGAGGCUGGUAUGAAUGACAAUAGUACAUUUAUUACAGCUUCUGAACCACAAAUUAGUGCGGCCCAAAACACUAGUCCCAAUUCAUCCAACUCUAAUCUUAGUUCUAAUAGUGGUUCAGCUAAACUAUUAUUUGCUAGUGCUAAUCCAUUAAGUUACUCCUCAAGUUCUGUGAAUUCUUCCGGUGGAUCUCCUGUAUGGAAACGAUGUGAAGUAGUGCCACAACCUGGUAAUCAGUUAUUACCACCCAUCAUUACCACGGUACCUACAGAUAAAGUCAGUGGUAAACCUCCAACUGGUACAGAAACACAACGUAAAGACACCAAGACUGUUGUUUUCGCUACACCGCCAUUUCCAGUGUACAAAGAUACAGAAUGUUGA